ACUUGAAGCACGACGACAAUGUUCUUUGUAAUUGGUUUGAAGCGGUGAAUUUUAUUACAUAAAGAAUACAUUUUUAAUUUCAAACUAAAACAUUAAAAAAUAAUUUGCCUUAUAUACUAAUAGUUAAACGUAAUCUCGGUUUAAAUUAUUACCUAUAAAAAAACUAUGAACUCUAGUUUUUUAUCGUUGUUAUCAACUAUCGAUAACAUUCGAUCGGCUGAAUCGAUAACAUUAUUGAUGUUUAACAUUGGCCGUGCGGCAUGUUUUAUUAAUCACGAUUCACGGUAUAUCUUAAAUUUUGUUAUUAAUCAACUCAUUCCAUAAAGAUAUAUUAGUCAGUUAUCCAAUAGCAGAUAAACAUGGACAUGCACUAAUGAUAAUUAAAUUAUGAUAAUUACUAAUUUAGAGAGAAUUUAAAUAUUCAAACAUUUUAAAUUUAGUAUAAAUAUUAAAUAUUAUAUACAUAAUAUAUGACAUUACCAUUUACCAUGAUAUAAUGGACCUAGGACCUACUAUAUCAGAUUAUUUUAAUAUUCUAGAUUUUUGAAAAUACAUUUAGAUUUCUUUUAUCUCAGUUAUCAAUGUGAUGAUAAGCUAAUUUUAAAGCGCCCUAAUCAAAGUAAAGAGAUCCGCAGUGUAAGUACUGACGAAUGACCGUAAUUUCACAUAUUAAAUGUUAAAUCAUAACAACAAAUAUCUAGUUGGCUAUAUAAAUUAUUUAAUUAUUGAAAAAUAAUAUUAUUAAAUUAGUAUUUAUUCGCAAUUCAAUUUUUUAGGUGCCAUAAAAAAUGACCACCUUACAUAAGGUUAAUACUGACGACAAAAUUAAUGAUGAAGAAAUAAAUUGCUUAAAGGAAGAGAUUGCUCUAUUAAAAAAUGAAUUAAAUAAAAAAAUCGGAUUGCUGAAAAUUAAACAGGUAAUAUAAAUUUGUAAUCGUACACUAUUCAAAAUAAAAUAAAUAUUAAUUAAAUUCAUUAUUGUUUGAAUUCAUGUUAAAUAGUAAUAUUGUUCAAUAUCAGAAUUAAUAUUGUUUACAUAUUUUAGAAGAAAUGCUUAACCAAUCUUGAUGUUAGCCGUUACAGCAGACAAAUUAUUUUACCAGAAAUUGGGAUUGAAGGUAAUUAUAAAAACUUUCAAAUUUAUUUGAUUUUUAAAUUAAUGACUAUUAUUUUUAGGACAAAGAAAAUUAAAAACUGCAAGUGUACUGAUAAUUGGUGUUGGUGGCCUAGGUUGUCCAUCAUCAAUGUAUUUAGUAAGCGCUGGAGUAGGUACUAUUGGGCUAGUUGACUAUGAUGAAGUGGAAUUAAAUAAUUUGCAUAGACAACUAUUACAUGCACAACAUAAUGUUGGUAUGCGAAAAGUUGAAUCUGGAAAAUUGUCAUUAAAUCGGUUUGUAUGUUUUAUGUUUCUUAAAUUUGUUUCAUAGUUUAUGUUAAUAAAAACUUAUAUCCAAUAGUUUGUUGUCAUUCAGUGAGACAUGAGGCUUAUUCGUUUAGAAUGAUAAUGUUAGGAACAAAUUGCACUUAAAGUCAUCAAAAUGAACUCUUAAAUAGCUCAUUUACCAAUAUUUAAUAAAUAUACUACUGCAUUUGUGCACUAUGAAACAAAAAUUAUUAGCCAUAAGAAUUAUACUAAAAUAUAUUUAUUACACAUUUUAUAUAAAUAUAUUUGUAUUAUUUAUUAGUGAAUAAUAACUUUUCAGUAUUAAUGAGGAUGUUAACAUUGUUGUCCAUGAUGUUCAGUUGGAUGGCCAUAAUUCAUUGGACAUUUUCAAACAGUAUGAUGUUAUUAUAGAUGCUAGUGAUAACUUAGUAACUCGGUAUAUAAUAAAUGACACUUGUGUAAAAGCUGGCAAGCCUUUAGUCUCGGGUUCAGCAAUACACUGUGAUGGACAGUUAACUGUAUACAAUUAUAAAGGCUCAGUUUGUUUUAGAUGUUUACAUCCAAAACCACAAUCUCCUGAAACUGUUGGAAAUUGUGCUUCUGCGGGUGUUUUAGGACCAGGUAAUAUUGUGCGUUCGUCUAUAUAAUAUGAAUAUAAUCCUUAUGCCAAUACACAAUUAUUUUACAGUUCCAGGAGUGAUCGGUGUACUCCAAGCUAUGGAAACUAUUAAAAUUAUUAUUGGUCAUCCAAAUGUAUUAUAUAAUAGCCUAUUAUUAUAUGAUGGUGGAGAUUGUGACUUUAAAAAAAUUAAAUUAAUAAAUGUUAAACGAAAUGGAUGCAUAUGCACAAAAAAUCCUGAGGAUAUAACAAUUACCAUGGACUAUGAAGAAUUUUGUGGAUCAAAAGCAAAUGAUAAAGUAAAUUUAGUUAAUUUAAUAUUUAUAACAUAAUAAUUAAUAUUAAUUAUUAUUUAAAUUUUUAUUAGUUUAAAACACUGUGUUUGUUAAAUGAAAAUGAACGUUUAACAGUAUUAGAUUUAAAAAAAUUGGUAUCUGAAAAACAAUCAUUUUUGAUAAUAGAUGUACGUAACAAAAUAGAAUAUGACAUGUGCCAUUUACCACAUACUAUAAAUAUCCAACUGAAUGACUUGAAAAAUGAAGAAACUCUUACUAAGUUAAUUGAAAAAAUUAAUUCGUUUACUAAUACAAAACCAAAUUGUAAGUGUAAUUACUCAAAUAAGCUAUGAAUUAUUUAAUCAAAUUGUUAUAUAAUUAAAAAAAAAAUAAUAAUCAAUCAGUUUUAAAAUCUUAUAUAAACAUUUUUUUUUUUUUUGCAGUAGUUACCAUUUGUCGUCGUGGUAAUGAUUCUCAAAGAGCUGUGAAUGAAUUAAAAAAACAUUCUCAGAUAACAAAUAAAGUCAAUUGGAUAAAAGAUGUCAUUGGUGGUCUUCAUGAUUGGAGUAUGAAAAUAGACAAAGACUUUCCAAUUUAUUAAAAUAAAAUUAUUUAUGGAUAUUUAAUAUUAUUUCUAUGUAAUUGUAUGAAUAAGCGAUUAUAUAUAUUUUAAUGGCUGUAGAUUUUUUUAUACAUAUUUUACACUGAAUGAUUAUUUUUGGUUUUCUUGCAAAUAGUGAUCAUGCGAUUGUGAUCUUAAUCUUUCUGCAGCUUGUUCAGCAGUUAAAUCUCUUUGACAUUGAGCUAAUAAUUCAAAUCUAAAUAAGAACACUAUUAUUAAUUGUACAAUUUAUUUUAAUUUGCAUUGUAAUAAUAAGUAUAAUUUACCCAGAUAUAAAUUUUUUUACAGUUGCUGAACGUAAUAAAGGUGGUAAAUAAAUUCCAUGAAAUACCCAGUGGUCAUUAUUUUCAUAUAAUGGCCCAGUAGGUGCACCUAAGUAUUGACAAUGUAGUAUGUGUUAUUAUUUAUAAUUUAUGUAAUUUUAAUUUUGUUCAAGAUAAAAUAUUUACCAUGCCAACCCAUAGAAUAUGGAAAUGAUGUUUUGAACAUAUUAUCAUAUUUUGUUGUCAAUAUUUUCAUAAUUGAUGCUAAAGUAAUUUGUUCAUCAUCUGUAAUUUCAUUUAUUCUUUUAAUAUGUCUCUUAGGCAACACCAUUGUUUCAUAUGGCCAUAAAGCCCAAAAUGGUACCAAAACAACCCAGUUUUGAUUUUCAAUCACAAUUCUAACCUAUG